AUGUUGACCAGAUCUUUGCUGUUCAAGCAGUACAGACGCAGCUUCUCGCAGCUGUCGCACAUCAAGCCUCCUAAACAGAUCACCAAUGAGCCAGUGAAGAAUUUUUCCAGCAAAGACACGAUGGACUGGGACCUGCUUCGUGCUUCUGUGUCCAAAUUCAACAAUGCGUCGCUAGAUGUACCGCUGGUCAUCAACGGAAAGCGUGUUUUCUACAACGAGGGCAAUCGCACCUCGUUCCAGCAGGUGAAUCCGGCCAAACACUCACAGGUGCUAGCCAACGUCACUCAGGCUUCGGAGCAAGACGUGGCCGCUGCCAUUCAGGCCUCGAAAGACGCCAAGUCCAAGUGGUACAAGAUGCCCUUCUAUGAUCGCGCUGCUGUGUUUCUUAAGGCCGCAGACUUGAUCUCCACCAAGUACCGUUACGACAUGCUUGCUGCGACAAUGUUGGGCCAGGGCAAAAACGUAUAUCAGGCAGAAAUCGACUGUAUUGGGGAAUUGGCAGAUUUCUUCCGGUUCAGCGUCAAAUACGCAUCAGAGUUGUACAACCAGCAACCUUGCGAGUCCAGCCCAGGUGUCUGGAACAAAGCUGAAUACAGACCUUUGGAGGGAUUUGUGUAUGCCGUGACUCCCUUCAACUUCACUGCUAUUGCAGGAAACUUGGUUGGAGCCCCUGCUCUCAUGGGGAACACCGUCGUCUGGAAACCAUCUCAGACUGCCGCGCUUUCCAACUACUUGUUGCUCACAGUUUUGGAGGAAGCAGGUUUGCCUCACGGUGUUGUGAACUUUAUUCCCGGUGACCCAGUCAAGAUCACCAACAAAGUACUUGCAGACAAGGAGUUCUCCGCCUUGCACUUCACUGGUUCCACCGCGGUUUUCAAAAAGCUUUAUGGCCAAAUUCAGCAAGGCGUGGUGAACGACGUGUAUCGGGACUACCCUCGUAUUGUUGGGGAAACGGGUGGUAAAAACUUUCACUUGAUUCACCCUAGCGCAAAUAUCCCUCACGCCGUUCUCAGCACACUAAGAGGAUCUUUCGAAUAUCAGGGACAGAAAUGUUCUGCAACUUCAAGAGCAUACAUUCCCCAAUCCAAAAGUGCCGAAUUCCUUGCGGAUCUAGCUGGUACCCUAGGAUCAGUGAAACCCGUGAACACCUCUGCUUCCAAGAUCAAUGGAGGAGACUUGCACGGGUUCAUGGGCCCUGUGAUCCAUGAACAGAGCUUUGACAAGCUCGCAGCUGCUAUAGAGGAAGCCAAAAAGGAUCCAGAAUUAGAGAUUGUUUGUGGAGGUAACUACAACAAGGCUAAUGGUUUUUUUGUGGAGCCCACCGUCAUUAAAACCACAAACCCUCUUCACAAAUACAUGUCCACAGAGUUUUUCGGUCCAAUUUUGACCGUCUACGAAUACCCUGACGCCGAAUUUAAGCAAAUUUGCGAGACUCUGGACAAGACUACCAGCUACGGCCUUACUGGCGCAGUUUUCGCUCGCGACAGAGAAGCCAUCAAUGUCGCAGAUGAAGCUUUGAAGUACAGUGCAGGUAACUUCUACAUCAAUGACAAGUGUACCGGUGCGGUCGUGGGACAACAGUGGUUCGGCGGAGCUAGAAUGAGUGGUACCGACGAUAAGGCUGGUAGCGGAAACAUUUUGAACCGUUUUGUCAGUGUUCGUAACGUUAAGGAGAACUUCUACGAGUUGACCGACUACAAAUAUCCAUCCAACUACGAGUAA